AUGGAGGAUCCUAACCACGGCAUAGCCGACGUCGGUGGCUCUCCUCCUUCUGGUGGACGGGGGAGACGUAGGCAGAGGAAGAGCGAUGAGGAGGACGAUUCUGACACCGCCGUGCCCGGGGACAUCACCACGCGGACGAAGAGGCGGCAGACGACAGGCAGUGCCGACAACGCCGGUGGCGCGGAAGUUGGGAGAACGCGAGGCGCCAGUGAAGCUAGUGGCAAAGCGACGGAUCAUGCAUUGCGCCAAAAGGGCCGACCCGCAGCAAGAAAAACAUCCGGCGGAAGGAGGGGCAAGAAACGGGGUCGUGAAGACCCUGGUGAGGCCGAGGAGGAGGAAGCGCAAGAAGAGGAGGAUGAAGAGGAUGCGGAGGAGGAUGACGCGGAUGUUGGGGAGGAUGAAAAAGAUGAGAAUGAUGGCGGGGAGGACAAAGAAGAGGAGGAGGAGGAGGAGGAGGAGGAGGAGGAGGAGGAGGAGGAGGAGGAGGAGGAGGACGAUGAGGAGGAGGAUGAGGAGGAGGAGGAGGAGGAGGAGGAGGAGGAUGAGGAGGAGGAGGAGGAGGAUGAGGAGGAGGAGGAGGAGGAGGAGGAGGAGGAGGAGGAGGAAGAGCAGGGGGACGACGAGGAGGAGGAUGAACAGGAGGAGGAGGAGGAGGAGGCAGAGGAGGAGGAGGAGGAGGAGGAAGAGGGGGAGGAGGAGGAGGACGUGGCGGCAGUGAAGGGACGGGGCGGGCCGUGA